AAACCAGCACUGUUCCCCUCUGCAUCUCUGGCAAGAAAUCACAGACUUUGUCACAUGGAAAUCCUUAAAAGACUCUAGGCAGCAUGGAUUCAAGCCAAGCCUGUACCUGCCAGAAAACUAAGAUAGAAGGCAGUGCCUGCAGAGUCCAUGGGAGUACAGCUCGGAGCAGUGCAAGGGGGAGAGGACAGCAGUGAAAAGGAGUGGAGGGCAGAAGACAAGGGUUCAGAUCCCUUUUGAUCAUCAGAGAUGUGAGAAAAAGAUUCUGCAAAAGUGAUGACUGCUUUCAAGUAAUCAGCAUUCAGCUCUGCGGGAUGAAGCACUGGACAAUCAGAGAAGUUGCUCAAAAGUUAAUCAGAUCACAUCAUGAAAUUUAUCCUUUUUUUCACUAAUGCUCAGAUACAUGAGACAGGGGUAAUGUUUUUAAUUAAAGAACGUUUUUAUUUUCAGCGAUAGGCCUUUGAAUUCAGCUUUGCCUGUACUUGCCACUUUGUUCCAUUAUAUUUGGCGGUUGUUCUUGUGUUUCAGCACUCCAUGAGAAGGAGCAAUAGAUGGUUUAAAUCAAAGCCUAACUAAGUGGAUAAUAUUCCUUGGCUGAGGCUUUCAGCUGUUAAUGUCUUUCAGCCUGUUCAAGCUAGAUUGUUCAUUUUAUGAGAAAAAAAAAGACUUUACAUAUCAUGGUGAAGUAUGAGUGAGCUAGCGGGGUUCUGAGUUGUUUAAGCAGUGAAUAUGAAGACAUGAUUGAGGCAUGAAUCUUGUAGAAGAUAGUAGCAGGCGCUUACAGCAAGCAUCGAUUUCCAGACUCACCGGGGCUGGUUAACACUCCCCUAAGAUAAGGAGGUAUUCUUAUGGAUCUGAGCAUUGUCCAGGAGGAGAGUCAACCCCCUCAGGGUGGGACUGCCACCACUCACCACAUCACUGCUGCUCUGCUCACCCCUUCUCCUCUGCCUCCACCCGGCCCUGCACUGAAGGGGGGUAUGACGGCAGGUUUCAAGAAGGUGUGCCGCACAGAGGAGGACAGCCCAUGCCCAUUCCCAGGGCUCUUGCCUGGCGUUCUGGAGAUGAGGGUGAAAGAAGGCAGCAAGAUCCGCAACCUCAUGGGCUUUGCCAUGGCCCGGAUGCAGUGCGAAGCAGGGAGCAGCGGGCAGGCCAGCCUGAGGCAGGUGGUGUUCACAGGAUCGGGCCGAGCGGUGACCAAAACCAUCACCUGUGCCGAGAUCAUGAAGAGGAAGAUGGGCGGACUGCACCAGCUGACUAAAGUGCGGUACAAGAGCGUGCGGGAGGUGUGGGAGAGUCAGGAAGGGGGUGACGGGGAGAUGACUGUGCACAGGACAGUGCCCUCCAUCAGCAUCCUCUUAUCCAAGGACCCUCUGGACCCUCUGGAGCCUGGGUACCAGCCACCGGAGACCCAGACUGCUCUUUGGGAGGAGAGAGAAGGCAAUGAUGGACUGCACCAAGCAGGAAAAAGACCGUUUGACCACAUUGCCAUCCAAAGUGAAACACAGCCAAAACGAUUCUGCCCUUAGAGUGGAGACCCUCAAUAAGGUAAACAUGCUGCCGAUUUGGAGGGAAAAAGAAAUCAGGGCUACCCACUGAAACUGUGAAACUCAUUUAGAGGACCUACAGACAGGGAGAUUUCUUUCACUGUGAUAUCUGCAGUGUGCUUGAUUGGUUGAGUGCAGUGAUGUAUCUCAACCCACAGAAGUUACAAGUAAGAUUUGUGUUGUCUUUAAAAAGAUCAGAAGCAUGUCUGAGGCAUGACCAUUUCAGAACUGCUAGUGACUGGAUCAAUCUGUCUUUCUCUUGCUAAUGCCCAAGCUGGAUUGUUCAUUGCUGUAAAGAGAAAACUAUUGUCCAGUAUCACAUUAGUGCUAUACGGCAUGCUGAAUGAUUAAAAUGUACAUUGUUUUGUUGCCCACUUUCCCUGAGAAUAAAUUAUUUGGGGAAAAAUUAAUAUUCUA